AUGAACUCGCACUCCCACAUCCAAAAACAAAAAACACCACUCACUGUGUACGAGGCUAAUUUGAUUGCAGCUGUUGAAGAACAAUGGGCAGUAUUCUUAGGAAAAUUGGAUGAUAACACUAUACGAUUAGAUAAUGCAGAAGUAGAGUGUAAAAAAUUGAUCGAUACAUUGAGAAAAGAUUACAAAGAAGAGAAAAUUAUUAAAAAUUCACAUUACUAUACAGUGAUGGCAAAUGAUAUUAUUAAAGCUGUUAAGUUGGAUGAAGCAGUUUCUGGUGCAGUACAUUUAGGUAUAGCCUGGUGUUCACUUAUAACUCAAGAUAAGGAUUAUAAAAAGAAAGCACUUGAAUUAUUUAAUAAAUCAUUGAAAAUAUUAUCAAAUGAAAUGAGAAUGUUAAAUUCAAUGCAAUUACUUUUAGAACAAAAACAACCAACAUUUACCAAUAGUGAAUUAUAUACACAGCAUACCACGAAAGUGACCAUUUUAGGUACAUAUUUGAAUAGUAUUCGCUGUAAAAGUAAUAUCGCUGCAAUUAAGAAAUCAUUAAGACUUAUUGACUUGAUUAAAAUUAAACAACAAUCUAAUAGCAAUGUAUUAGAAACAAUUAAGUUUUAUUAUGAGCUUGAAAGAACCAGCAAGAAUAAAUUGGAGAUUAAAAUGGAUAAGAAAACAAGUUAUAAUUUAAUAUUUAAUGAUUUGACGUCGAGAGAAGAUAGCGGUACAAUUGACCAAACAUUCAUAACUAUAAAUAAUGCAUACUACAAAGAUAAACUACCAUCAUCAUAUAAUGGUAUACGUAUUAUGUCGAAACAAGUACAAUUAGACAGAAUAAAAGCAAUUUUUAAUCAAAAUAAAGAGUAUCUGGAUCUUACUAAAGAGUCGGAGAGGAGAAAGUAUAAUACGAAAAAUGGUCGAAAGAAAAAAGGUCGAGCGAAAAUUGGUCGCGGUGAAUUGGUCCCCACGAAAUAUGGCCGCUACGAAAAAUGGUCGCCACGAAAUAUGGCCGCUAGGAAAUAUAGUCGCUACGAAAAUUAG